UCUAUGAUAAUGAAAGAUGACUUACACAAAAAUUACCAUUUUAAUAUAUGUGUGCUUUUUCUGAAUACUCGGAAAUUAUUACUUUUUUUUUUUUCAUUCCAUAGGGUUUUCCCAGUAGAAAACCAGAAAAAAUGAUUGAUAUUAAGGCUUGGGCUGAAUACAUCGUGGAGUGGGCUGCAAAGGACCCCUAUGGCUUUCUCACGACAGUAAUUUUGGCCCUGACACCACUGUUUGUAAUCAGUGCAGCGCUUUCAUGGAAGCUGGCAAAAAUGAUUGAGGCCAGAGAGCGAGAGCAAAAGAAGAAGCAGAAACGCCAAGAGAAUAUUGCAAAAGCCAAACGAACAAAGAAGGAUUAAAUGGGCAAAAAAAGAAAAAGGUCUUCCCUGUGCAAAAAAUUCACUUCUUAAAUUAAACACUUGUCCAUUUUGUCUUGUAUCUGUCCUUUGAUACUUGAUGUUAUUUCUUGAAGUAUGAAAUGUAAUCCCUUCAGUGUAUGUAUUCUGCUGAGAUGAUUUGUGUUAAAGUUUGCCCAAGUGAUGCUUACUAUAGUCACCUCAUCAUCUACUUGUGUUCUAGUGCAGGUUUCUUUUCUAAAUUUGCAUGCUGAAGUAAAAAAUUAAUCUGU